AUGGAGAAGGCCGUCUUUAUGGAACUCGCUGCUCUGCACGAACCGAACGGAUUGUUCCCCGACCCGGAACGAUUGGCGCAGUCCCGUCAGGCGUUUGCCAACAUCCACAACAACUGGCCAGGAAGAUGUGACGAAUCACCUUUGCAAGUGAGUUUCAGGCUCAAGCGUUACAGUUCAGUGCUAAGUUAAUGCUGAACCUCCCAAAACAGAUGGCUGUGUUGGAACUCGACCUGAUUAAAUGUGUGUUAAAAGAGGAGAAAAACGGAUCGUUAUCUGGAGAUGACGUUGAAAUUUCAGAAUCAUCGCAGGCAACCAGGAGCUCAACGAAAAUGUGGUGCAGGUUUCCCGCUCAUUUCGCCUGGCGGUGACCAAUCCUUUUCGCUCCGAUUCUCAGCAAAAAAUUGGGUGAUUAGUGAGUUUUCUGUGAACGUAGCACCUUCGAACUAUGUUAUUUUUAGCAAGACUGCCAGUCAACUGCUUCGGGAGAGUAUUCGGCAGGCUCAGCUCAGAAGUGAUAUUGUGUGCCAUCAGCUCGCCAAUUUCGAGCUGCAAACUCUUGAAACGCUGGGAAUGAACGCAUUGCUCGAGUACAAGUUGGACGGUAACAAUCUUUGUUGCUUUCCGCAUAAUUUCUCUAAUUUCUUUCAUAAUAUGAAGAAAACAGAGAGGAAGAUCCGCGUGUGCCGAGAAAAACGCUGAAGCACAUCGACAAGUGAGUUCUUUCGGACCUCGAGACAUCUUGUCCUAGCACUAUUCAACACGAAAUUUUCAGAUACAAGAUUCAAAUGACCGGAGUGCUGGACGCCGCGCUCUACCACACGUCCCGCUGCCUCAGAUCGUCGCCAGCCUCUCUCAACUCAGAUUCCUGGACAUUUCGAGCACGUGCGUCUCCGACAUCACGUGCAUCUCGAGAUUCCGCAACCUCGAAGUGCUCAUCAUGUACUAUCUGAACAUUCUGAAGAGCGACGUCACCGAGAGGCUGUCGAAUUUGACGAAAUUUCAGCGCGCGGGUUGCGGAUUCCAGUAUUUUCUAAGGGUUCUACGGCGUGACAAACAUGGAGGAGGAGAUGACCUGCAAGGACUUCCGCAAAUUCAUGAGAAUCGCGUUUGCCUUCAACAGAAAAAUCACCUUAAUCUCCUUAGCCGCGUCAGUUGAGACCUUUCACGGAAUAACCAGAAAGUAAUGGUUUCAGAAUGGAGCAGAUCAAAAAAAAAACAUCAACCUAGCGAUGGAAGACGAGUUCUCCACCAACCGCCACGGCAGAGCUUGCAUCUGCAUGCAUUCAAGAAAAGUUUCAGGCAAAAGCUAUAGUUUCGAGUUCUACCUUGUUUUUCCUCUCGAGUCACUCUUCCAUCAGAGUUUUUAUUGUUCUCAUUUAGAAUUCUGAGUUCUCGUCGUAAUCUUGCGAGGGGUGGUUCAAACAGCUGUGCGCAGAAUGUGUCAGCCGAUACAUAAGUGCGUCAGUAACCGUGACCCCCCCCCCCGCCAAUUUCAAACCACAUUGAUCUUACUCAUUUUUUUGAUGUUUACACUAAAAUUCUGCAAUUUUUAAGCACACUUUGAUUGUUUCAGAGUUUGAGGAGAACCACAACCGUCGUCGCGCUGAUUCCAAUGUCUUAAACACGUCCAGCCGCCGCAGCUCGUCAAACGACAGUACUCUGUUGCUCCACGAUCAGAACACGGGCAACUACGGAGUGGUGCCCACGAGCCAUCCCAGCCAACACAUGCCCUCCAUCAUCUGGACCCUCUCUUCCUCAUAUUCAUGGAGGACGUUAUCACUGCGAUGUUUGUCAAGCUGCUCUCGGAUAUACUUCUCUUCUGCAACCCGAUCCUGCUGAAAUUGCUUAUUCAGUUCACGGAACAAUUGGAAAGACCGAUGUGGCAAGGAUUCGUGCUCGCGUUCACCAUGUUCGGAUCGGCUGAGCUUUCGUCCAUCCUGAUCUCCCACUUCCUCUGCCUGAUGUAUCGAGUCGGAACUCGUCUGUAGACGUGUCUCACAGCCGCUGUUUAUCCCAAGGUACCCUCUCUUCCACUCGGCGAAUAUAAAUGUUACCUCUAUUUUCCAGACGCUCCGUUUGUCGAACGCCGCUUGUCGCGAGAAGACUGUCGGCGAGAUUGUCAACUUCAUGGCCAUAGACAUUGACCGCUUUCAACAGAUCACCUCUCAAACGAUGCAGUAAUGGUCAAACACAUUCCAACUCGGAUUUGUUUUGUUCCUGCUCUUCCAGCAACUGAGAGUCUCAGUCUUUAGUGGAGUUGCCGUGAUGGUGCUUUUGUUUCCGUUCAACUUUGUGAUCACGAUGAUCAUUCGCAAGUGGCAGCUCUCGCAGAUGUACUACAAGGAUGAAAGGACAAAGAUGAUGAACUAG